AUGGUUGGCCUCGAUCUCGAUGAAUGCAUUGAGCGAUUAUACAAAAAGCAGGUGUUGGCGGAAUGCCUAAUAAAGGAGAUAUGCGAGAGAACCAAGGAACUGUUGAUGAAGGAAAGCAACGUCGUGCACAUUCAAGCGCCUGUUACCGUCGUAGGUGACAUUCAUGGGCAGUUUUACGAUCUUAUUGAAAUAUUUCGAAUUGGAGGUUACUGCCCGGAUACCAACUACCUUUUCCUCGGCGAUUAUGUUGAUCGUGGCUAUUACAGCGUCGAAACGAUCUCACUGCUCACCUGUCUCAAGCUGAGAUACCCCGAUCGUGUCCAAUUGGUACGCGGCAACCACGAAUCACGAGCUGUUACUCAAACCUACGGGUUUUAUACCGAAUGCAUGAGGAAAUAUGGAUCGCAGCAGGUGUGGCAUUAUUUUACCACCAUGUUUGAUUUCUUGACACUGUCAGUGGUCAUCGAUAACAGCAUAUUUUGUGUUCACGGAGGAUUAUCACCUACCAUUCAUGUUUUGGAUCAAAUACGAGUCAUUGAUCGUUUUCGAGAAAUACCACACGAAGGUGCCAUGGCGGAUCUUGUGUGGUCGGAUCCUGAUCCUGACAAAGAAGAGUUUGCUAUUUCUGCCAGAGGUGCGGGUUACACUUUUGGCAGUUUAGUGGUGGAUAAAUUUUUGUGGAUGAACGACAUGUCACAUAUUCUACGCGCCCAUCAAUUAUGCAAUGCAGGUUAUCAAGUAUUGUUUGAUGACAAGUUAUCCACCGUGUGGUCGGCACCCAACUAUUGUUAUCGAUGCGGAAAUUUGGCCUCGAUUCUCGAAGUGGAUGUGAACGGACGACGCUUCUUUAAUGUCUUUGAUGCCGCUCCUGAAAACGAUCGGAAUCAGCAAUCACCGCUCAAGGACAACACUGUUGUCGAAUAUUUCCUGUAAAUAUCUUCGACUGACUAUCCCAUCGCUUUUAUACUCUUUUGUGAAGGUUACGCUCAUGGCUUGUUUUUUCAUUAUACUUGUUACAUUUCUCAUUUCAUGCUCCUCCCAUUUCUGCGUCUUUCUGUCUUCUUUCCAACAGUUUCUUUUAUUUCUAUUUUUCAACUGUAUAACUGCCUUUUUUUUCCCUAUGUACAGCACAUCAGUUCUACUUUGCCACACCGUGAAUCCGAAAGAAAAAGCAUCAUCCUCCUCCAUCCUGAUUGAUGAUUUUUUUUCUCUCUCCACAUGGGGUUUUCUCUUAUUUUUUAUUUAUUUACAAUAACUGCGAGAGGUGAUGCUACGUAUGAUGGAUAAAUACAAGUGUCA